CAGCACAGGAGUUGACUACACAGUUGGAAUUUACAUCAUACCUGUACCAAGGAAAUUUGGUACAUCAAAACUCCAAUGGACCCACGGCUCAGUGCCCAAGAUGUCCUGUGCUGUGACCUGUGUGAGACUCCUGUUCCUCCAAUGUACUGUGACUUUUGUCAUGUUAAACUCUGUAAGGCUUGUGUAGGGGAGCAUCUCUCUGAUUUAUCUAAAGAACAUAAAGUGGUGCCAUACAAACAAAAGGGAACUACACCUAUAUGUCCCACCCAUGCUGGAAAACUUUGUGAACUUCACUGUAAGGAAUGUGUCAUCCCAGUGUGUUCACUUUGUGUAUCAGACAAACAUAAAGGACACACAUUCAUGGGCAUUGUUCAGAUAUUUAAUGACAAAAAGGAAGAAAUGAAAAAUGAUAUUCAAGAAUUAGAAAAGUGUUUAUGUCCUAGAUAUGAAGAGAUUACAUCAGAAAUGAUUGCUGAAAAAUCAGUCCUUGAUGGAAAGUAUGGGAAACUGACAACAGCUGUCACCAAACAUGGAGAAGACUGGCACAGAGAAAUUAACAUCAUUGUCAACAAACAGAAAUCUGAAAUUGAUGAGAUGAAAACUAAACACCUGGCUGCUCUAAAUGAACAGGAAAAAGAAAUAAAAAAAAUUACUUCUGAAGUGAAACAGUGCAUAGUUGAUCUGAAGAAAAUACUGGACUCCAAUGAUAUCUCCCUAACCUCUGCAUACAAAUCCAGGAAUACUGAAUUCAGAAGUUUACCUCCUAAAGUCAACGUAUCAUUACCAAGUUUCUCUCCUAAUCAGAUCAACACAAAACAGCUCCAUCAAAUGUUUGGUUCUCUGUCAGCAUUAUCCAUUACAACAGAAAAACAUGGCUAUGCAAUGAAAACACCAGUAGCUGUAUCCUGUCCUCCAGUCAAACCACUGCUUGAUCAACCAAAGCUCAUCACCAUCAUAGACACUGGGUAUGACCGACUAUUCAGUGUUACCUGUCUCAGUGAUGAAGAAAUCUUGACAAAAGGAGAUGCCACAAUCAUGAAACUCUACAACCUCCAGGGCAAACUACUGAAGUCAAUCAAAACCAAGUCUGGGAACUCACCAGAGGACGUAGCAGUGACAAGGAGUGGAGAUCUAGUUUAUACUGACUGUAAUACAAGAACUGUGAACAUGGUGAAGAAUAAACAGAUACAGGAAGUGAUCAGACUAAAGGGGUGGAGACCUUACAAUGUCUGUAGUACCUCCUCAGGUGACUUCCUGGUUACCAUGAACAGUGAUGAUGGAGAACAAUCAAAAGUCAUCUGUUACUCUGUCCGUUAUUCUGGCUCCACAGAGAAACAAACCAUUCAGUUUGAUAGUGAAGGUAAACCUUUGUAUUCAUCUGGUAACUAUAUUAAAUUCAUCAGUGAGAACAGGAACCUAGAUAUUUGUGUGGCUGACUGGAGAGCUUCUGCAGUAGUGGUGGUUAACCAGGCAGGAAAACUCCGUUUUCGAUACACUGGUCAUCCCUCUACUACCAAGAGAAUUUUUGAUCCACGCGGCAUCACAACAGACAGCCAUAGUCAGAUCCUGAUAGCCGACCAUUCUUACAACUGUAUCCACAUCCUAGAUCAGGACGGACAGUUCCUCCGUUACAUUGAUAACUGUGAUCUACAGUCUCCAUGGGGUUUAUGUGUGGACACCAGAGAUAACCUCUUUGUGGCUGAGUGUUACAGUGGUAAAGUGAAGAAAAUCAAAUACAUGUAGACAA